AUGUUUGGAGUAUACUUCCCCGACGACCUUCCGUCACCUUCAUCACGACGAUCAACAUACUACCAGCGAUCCUCUCCUUCGUAUACACCGGGUGAACACGCCAGUCCACCAGGUAGCGUAUGGGUCGACACAAGCUUCAUGAGCGAUUGCAACUACGAUCGUCUCGGUGGCACACAAGAUGAAGACGAAGAAGCGGAAGAACAUAGAAAGAAGUGGAACGGUUAUGCUAACGAAAUGCUUCAAAUACGCGGAAAGGACUUCACAGAUGAUGGUAUGAACAUAGUCUUUGGGGAAGAGGUAGAGGGGAUGGAGGAUGACUGGAGUGACGAAAGCGACUCCGAUGACGAAGAAGACGACCUCGUACACAAAGACAGGAAGAUCUUGAGCCAGAAGAGAUUACCCGGUCAAGUCAUGGGGUUGGGUAUUCAGCAACCAGUGUUCUUGUUUAGUUGGCAGAAGCAAACAGAAGCAAGGGAAACAGACGAGACGAAGGGCGACGCUACGUCACAUGAGUUUGAAGACGAAGAGGUGGAACAAGCAAUGCGAGAGAUGGCUCCUGAAGCGAUGAAGCCUUCUGUACAGUUAGUAGCAAACAUUGAUAUGCCAAUGGUUGCCAGUGACAGAGCGGAGGAGAUUGGAGUGGUGUCGCCGGCCGGAUCGGAGACCCAAGUAUCUCCUCGUCGCCGGAGUCACGAAGAGUUCAAUGAAUUUGGAGAGACAAAGGAAGAGGAUAGUGUGAAGAGAUACUGUCACUAG